UUGAGUGUACCUAAUUUCUGUCAAAAUUUUUUGGGAAACACAUUUAGCAAUUUUGAUUAAAUUAACAGUAUCAUAUAACGUUGGCAAACAUACAGAAAUUUUCUACCAACUAUAGUUUGUUAUUUAAAUUUUGUGGCAAAAAAUAAUAAAUUCAAAUGGGUGGAUUUGAAUUUAUUAUUUUAACAUUUUAAAGAAUUAAAAUAAUUCACCACAUAAAAAAUCAAGAAGAUCUAUCAUAAAAUAGUAAUUUAGAUUAGAACAUAUUGCUGAAAGGAAGCCUGUUAGUAUCAAAGAAUCAUAACGAAAUUUCAGGAACAAAUCUCCUUGUCACACCGCUGCAAGCUGUGGAAAUAAGUUGACCACUGGGAUCGACCAAUGAGCGCGCACGGUGAUAGUUGUUUAAUACCAAAAAUACCAAGCACGGGCAACAUGACCAAGCAAGUUACAGUCAAUCAGAAUGAGACACAGCUUAAACUAAAGUUAUUCGGUUCAUCUAAAAGUUCAAGUAUAAGAGAAUCUUCACCAAAAAGCUAUUUGUCAGAAAGCGAAGAUGAAUACGAAGAUGAUACGUUGAAUGGUAAAACCGACAAUUGCACACAAACUAAAUCUGGUAAUAAGAAGAAAGGAAACAGAACAAUGACUUCAAUCAUAAUACCUACACACAAACCGAAAAAACGGAAAAUAAAAUUGAUGGACUGGAAGAGGUAUCACAGACUGAAUGUAAUUUACGCUUUUUUAGACGAACUGGAAAGAGAUUUUCCAGCAAUUUGUACAGUUAGUGUCAUCGGCAAAUCUGUGGAAGGACGGGAUAUUAAAAUGCUGAAAAUAUCAAACAGUGAUGCAAGUAACUCAGCAGUGUGGUUAGACGCAUCCAUACAUUCCCGAGAGUGGAUCAGUACUGCAGUCGUCACCUACAUAGCUGAUGUGCUCGCGAAAAACUUCCAAAAAUUAUCACCUUCUAUCAGAAAUAAAGACUGGCAUAUAGUUCCAGUGAUAAAUCCCGAUGGUUAUGAAUACUCACACACGAAAGAUCGCAUGUGGAGAAAAAACAGAGGGGUCUACGAAGGUGGCACGGGAGUUGAUCUCAAUAGGAACUUCAGUUGUGGUUGGGGCAACAACGGCGAACAAGGGUCUUCUGAAGAGCCCGAUAACAUUUUCUAUCGAGGACCAGUUCCAUUCUCUGAACCAGAAGCAGUAGCAGUUAGGGAUGCAAUACUCGGCGCAACUACGCCAUUCACGGUGUAUCUGUCAUUUCAUAGCUAUUUCGAAAUGAUCAUAUUCCCCUGGGGCUAUAAGAAGGACGCUUGUCCGGAUUAUAUCAAGUUGCUGGAGGGAGCUGCAGUGAUGGCCAGGGCGAUUUAUGACACCACCGGAAUGACGUACAAGGUUGGCAGUACUAAAGAUAUGACCUACUACGCCUGUGGAACCAGCACGGAUUGGUGUUACGGCAUAGCCAAGAUACCCUUCUGCUACAUGGUCGAACUACGAAGCAGGAAAUACAAGUUUAAACUCCCAAAAGACAUGAUAAUGGACACAUGCGUAGAAAUUUGGAAUGCAGUCAAAAAUCUUAUGGAUUAUGUCGAUCAUGUCAAAUAAUGUUAGAAGAGAUAUACAUCGGUUUUGUACAAGCUAAUAGUGAGUCAUUAAACCAAUCGUGUUAGCGUUUAUGUGAAUGUAAAUAUUUGAAAUAAAUCUUUUACUCGCA